AUGCCGGCCGAGAACAUUUAUCCCGCUAGCAAUGGGCGAUUCGCCGCUCCCCCUCCGCGCGAGAGGUCGAAUGCCCCGUCCACGCCCUCUCGCAAGGACCGCCAAAGGGAAAGCGCGGCCAUGCAGGACCCUGGGCUCAAGGACUAUCGCUUGGGCGAAUGCCUCGGAAAGGGAGCCUUUGGAUCGGUGUACAAGGCCUUCAACUGGGGUACCGGAGAGGCCGUGGCCAUUAAGCAAAUCAAGCUAACAGAUUUGCCAAAGAGUGAGCAGCGGAUGAUAGAGAGCGAAAUUGACCUGCUCAAGAACCUUUUUCAUGAGAACAUUGUCAAGUAUAUCGGUUUCGUCAGGUCAACCGAAUGCCUCAACAUCAUCCUGGAAUACUGUGAAAAUGGCUCGCUCCAUUCAAUAUGUAGAGAAUAUGGCAAGUUUCCGGAAAACCUUGUCGGCGUCUACACAACCCAAGUUCUCCAAGGCCUUCAAUACCUCCACGACCAAGGCGUCAUCCAUCGCGACAUCAAGGGCGCCAACAUCCUCACCACCAAAGACGGGACGGUCAAGCUUGCCGACUUUGGCGUCUCGACCAGCACGCUUGCUGGUGGACAGGACAAGGAGGCGCAAGUCGUUGGCACUCCUUACUGGAUGGCCCCUGAGAUCAUUCAGCUGUCCGGCGCCAGCUCCGCCUCGGAUAUCUGGAGUGUUGGAUGUACCGUUAUCGAGCUUCUCCAGGGCAAGCCGCCAUAUCACAAUCUGGCUGCUAUGCCGGCGUUAUUCGCCAUUGUCAACGAUGACCAUCCUCCACUGCCGGAAGGCAUCUCAGCUGCUGCCCGAGAUUUCCUCAUGCAGUGCUUUCAGAAGGACCCCAAUCUCAGAGUCUCGGCUCGAAAACUACUCAGGCAUGCCUGGAUUGUGGGGUGCCGCCGCACAGACGCGCCCGUCUCAAGGACACCGGCCAACUUUGACGAUGCGGUUGAGGAGGUUAAACAGUGGAACAAGGCCCUCAACUCCUCAGGGACUUCUCUCCGCACAUCUUUAGGCUCCGACGCCGUCUCUCGAAUCUCUAGCGGAACACCGUCUAAGGGCCGGUUAGGCCUUGCUAAACCAAGGCUCAGUGCUGGUGCAGGUGCGGGAAUCGGUGCCUUCAAACUGGCUGAGCUAGAUGAUGAUAAUUGGGACGACGACUUUGCAACAGCAAUUUCUCCCAGUGCUUUGCAACUUCCGCAUCUAAGACCGCAAGAUAACUUUGGAGGGCUUCUCUCCGCCGACAAACUUAAAGCUUUUGCGUCAGUGAAUGAUCUCAGGGGCGAUGUAAACAACUACGAUAACGAUUUUGAAGGCGACAUGAUGACCAUCAAGGGGCCCAACAAUGAGCUCUAUCAGGAAUCUCAGGAGCAGACAAUACGACCCGUCUCCAGGAGGAUGACGGCAUCAAAACCUGCAUCACCGCCAAAAGUGGUGCACCAAGCAUCCAGGCCGACCCUCAGCCAAGCAGUUACUUCGCCUAACCUGUCUCGGACGAAAUCCCCUCCAAAGCCACACUUUGGGAACAAGUUCGAAUUGCCUCCUCGUCCUGGCGCUAUUUACCGAGAGCAGAGCUCUGAGGACUACUCUGAUCUCUUUUCUGAUGACGAUAGUGAGUUUGACCAAAAGGUUCAUCAAGCCGGCGGCUUGCGUCAACCUGAAGCGCCUCAGCUCUUCCACCCAUCCGACCUAACCAGCUUGCCUCGAUCAAUGCAGGCCCCCGACGGCAGCGUGGUAAGGAAAAAGGCACUGUCAAGGCCGUCAGUCCUUCCCGAUCGUCCCAUGAGACGUACUCGCUCUUCUAUCGAGAUUCAGAAGUUCGCCGAAGAUGAUGAUGAGGAUUUCUCCGACGUUUUCGGGCCCGAGGAAUCCAUAGCCGAAAGAGAAGAAAGUGAGCGAGGCUCAGAAGAAGCCGGUCUCAUGCUCCUAUCCAGAAUGUCAGGAAACUCUUGGUUAGGCGACGACGACGAUGAAGAUGACCCGUUUGCGUCCAUGGACCCAGGGUGGGACGAGAUGGACAUGGACGCGAAGAUUGCGCGAGACAGGCAUGCACGGCUUGCUGAAAAGAUAGAAGAACUGGUUGGUUCUCUAAAGAUGACUGAAGGCGAAGACAUAUUGGCAGAUCUCUCUGAACAUUUACUGGGAUUGCUAUGGGAAACCCCAGAAGCAAAAAACCUCAUCAUCAGUGCUCAUGGAUUGCUGCCUCUAUUGGAAAUUCUGGAGCCCUGUACGGUAAAGAGCAGACACCAUAUGAUUCUUCAGCUGCUUAAAGUCGUCAACGCGAUUAUUCUCGAUGACGUUGAAAUUCAGGAGAACUUGUGCUUCGUUGGAGGAAUACCUAUCAUUACCAAGUUCGCCGCACGACAAUAUUCUAAUGAGAUUCGCCUGGAAGCCGCCGCAUUCGUCCGCCAAAUGUACCAGACAUCGACUUUGACGCUACAAAUGUUUGUCUCGGCAGGUGGUCUCAACGUUCUUGUCGAGUUUCUGGACGAAGACUAUGAUAGUUCUCGAGACCUUGUGCUCAUCGGAGUAAACGGCAUCUGGAACGUGUUUGAACUGCAGGGCCCGACUCCCAAGAACGAUUUUUGCCGCAUCUUCUCAAGGAGUAAAAUCCUCUAUCCGCUUGCGCUCGUUUUACACCGUGUUCUUGAUGAAGAAGGGGAAGAUGAGCUGAGUGAGCUCAUCGAGGGGCGCAUUGUCAACAUCUUUUACCUCUUUAGCCAAGCUGAAAACUAUGUCAAGGAAGUGGUGGCAGAUCGCCAGGUACUGAAGAGCGUCCUCAAAGAUCUCCGUCGAAUGACGCCGGCACAUCAGAUUACCAUGCUCAGGUUCAUCAAAAACCUGUCCAUGCUCUCAACAACCAUCGAAUCUUUGCACUCGGCUGAUGCCAUUGACUUCCUCAUCGAUCUAUUAAGUUACAGCAUGAAGAAAAAUCACCAACACCUCCGUGAGAUCUCUAAUCAGGUUCUCAAUACGAUGUUUAACCUCUGCCGGCUAAGCAAAGAGAGGCAGGAAGAUGCUGCCGUUGGGGGCAUCAUCCCGCUGUUGCUGCGGAUCAUGAAAACGGACCGGCCGCCGAAGGAAUUUGCCUUGCCGAUCCUCUGCGACAUGGCUCACUCUGGAUCCAAGGGGCGAAGAUACCUCUGGCAGAACAAGGGUCUCGAUUUCUACGUGUCAUUACUGUCAGACCAGUACUGGCAAGUUACCGCGCUGGAUGCCAUUUUGGUCUGGCUCCAGGAGGAAACGGCCAACGUGGAAAGCCAUCUGAUGGACAACAACUUCUCGCGAGCCAUUGUCUCUUGCUUCGGCACUAACAGACUGAACGCGUUUGACUUUAACCUAUUGGAGCCGCUGCUAAAGCUUCUUCGUCUAAGUCCGGGCUUGACAGCAUCGCUAGCAAAGCCCGAGAUGUUCGCCGGCAUUACCCAGAGGUUAGGACACAAGAAGGCAGUAGUGCGGCUUAACUUGUUGAGGCUUGUGCGUGCCAUUAUGGAUGUCUGCGACCCUGGCGUCCUUGGGAGCGGAGACGGCGCCCGGACACUCAACAGUGCCCAGAUGCGAUCCCUCAUGGACUCGAUUCAGCUUCUGGCGGAGAAGGAUUCCGCUGUGCUCGUUCGCAAUCUUGCUUCGGAGCUUAUCAAGGCACACUCUUCCCAGCCAGCAUCACCGGUCAUGAUGAGGCACGAAGGCAUGAUUUCCUCCACCCAGGUCAACCUAUCAUCCUCAUCAAGGCGCGGGUCAAGGCACAACACAAAUUACACUCCGCAAAGCCUACAGUCUUCCAUGUCCAUGCCUCAGACCCCAACGCACAGGAGUAGAGGCAGUAGCAAUGCCUUCAUCGAGGUUGCCGCCAGUCCUCGGCGAUCAGGGGCGGCGCUAGACAGAGAGAAUGCCAUGUACCGGCCACAGAGCCGAGAAGGACCCCCGCGGCGAGUGAGCAACGACUCCAACUCGAUGGCUAGCAGCAGCAGUGGCGGAGCCGGUGGCUAUGGACUGAAGAGCCGAUUAACGCCGCGAACGCCCAUCACGUCUAGCAUACAGCAGCGGAGCAGCGCGGGCAUGUUGAGAGGGGAGUUCAUGGCCCCCAUGGUUGUUCGUAGCGAGAGCAAUCUUAGUAGCAAUGGGUCUCGGCCGAGUAGUAGCGCCAGCUCGGGUAUUGUUUCUACGCCGAAGGCGAGACAUAAGACGUCGUCGUCGUCGAUUGACGUUAUGCGGCAGUCAAGUCGAUGA